UCGAACAAUCGAACGCUUCGUCCCCUCCAGCAUCGACGCUGACUGCAUCUUGUAUUGAGUGCUCGUAUUCGCGACGGAUGUGCAUCACAGAACCACGUGACUUAAUAGCCCAUAAAUAACAAUUGAAAAUUUCUUAAUUUUCAUUAUUUUUAAUAGAUUUUAAAAUCAUAAUUGAUUGAAAUACUGAACAGUAUAUUGUAAAUUUUAAUUUCAUAAUAACGUUAUAUUUUAUAAAUCGAAAUGGAACUCGAGAAUCAAAAAAAUACAAAUCAAACAGCAGAGGAACAACCGUUGAAAGCUGAAAUACCAACGAAUAUACAGAACUUGAGGUUUUUGGGUAAAUUGAAAUAUGUGAAAGCGAAUAUUACAGUGGAGCCUGUUUUGGCGUUGUUUGUGAUGCCUAGUGUUCUAGCGAUGUUGGCUACCCAGAAUCUAAAUUUGGACAAGGCGUGUCGAGUGAAUUUGGAAUUCGAAGAUCUCGUUUGUACCAAUCUGAGACUUAGAAAGCGAGCAAAUCACACAUUCGAAGAAGACGAGGUGCAAAAAUUAAUAGCCUCUGUUCAAGCUUGGAAAAGUGUUAUUUUAACGGCUGUUCCGACAACCCUGAUGCUGUUCAUAGGCGCUUGGAGUGACAAGACAGGAAGGCGGAAAAUUUGCAUGACGAUGCCGAUCAUCGGGGAAAUCAUGACAUGUCUUCUGAAUAUAACUAACACGUAUUUUUUCUAUGAAGUCCCAGUGGAGUUGACUGUAUUUAUGGAGGUCAUAUUUCAAUCACUCACGGGGGGAUGGUACACAAUGCUGCUCGGUACUUUUAGCUACCUGGGUGAUAUCACAUCUAAGGAGACGAGAACAUUUCGCUUGGGAAUACUGAGUUUGUGUAUGACCAUUGGAUUCCCAAUAGGGAUGGGUUUGAGUGGUGUGCUGUUGAAAUACGCCGGAUACUAUGGAGUGUUCUCUAUGGCCGCGUUCUUCCAAUUUAUCAAUUUGUGUUACGUUAUCUUUGUCAUCGAAGAUCAUAGAUGGUUAGAAAAUAAGGAUAAGAAAAAGCGGACAGGAUGCACCGGAUUUCUUCUGGAAUUUUUCGAUUUCCACAGUCUCAAGGACACGAUGCAUAUAGCAUUCAAGAAAGGUUCUAAUAAUAGGAGAUUAAGGAUAUGCCUGGUUUUGACUGUGGUCUGUCUGAGUUUUGGACCUUUAUGGGGUGAACUGAGUAUAAUGUAUAUUUUUGCACGCUACCGCUUCAAUUGGGACGAAGUGAAGUACAGCAUUUACUCGACUUACAAUCUCGUUACGCAUUCUAUAGGUACAAUGUUUUGUAUCAGCGUGAUAAGCAAGAAGCUAGGGGUUGAUGACGCCGUUCUAGGAAUGAUUUCGACGGCGAGUAAGAUAGGAGGUGCUUUCGUUUUAGCCUUUGCUAGAACCGACCUCGAAGUCUAUAUGGCUCCUCUCGUUGAAAUAUUGAACGGGACGACAACAAUAGCCCUGCGGUCGAUCGCAUCUAAAUUGGUAUCGCAUCAAGAAUUAGGUAAGGUGUUUUCGUUGUUCGGGGUAGCGGAGACGAUGAUGCCUCUGAUAUUUUCGCCGCUGUAUUCCCGCGUGUAUAUAUUAACGCUACACGUGCUGCCUGGCGCGGUGUUCCUGCUCAGUGUGCUGGCCACUUUACCGGCAUUCGGAAUAUUCGUAUGGUUCUACAGUCAACAUAUGAAAGAUAAAAGAAAGAAAAGAUUGACCAUACCGGCACUAAGCACGUUACCAGAAACUCAAACAUAAUAUACUCAUCAAUAUAUAAUACGUAUAUUUCGAUUUUAGUAUGCACUAGAAAAUAUUAAGAAACCCAUGAAAACUUGAUCAAAAAAUAAAUGUAUCUUUUUAGGAAGUCUAAGCUAAAUAUUUGUUUAAUGAUCUGUGUCCAUUGACAAAAUUUAAAAUGUUUUUAAUUGAUGUUUGAAAAUUAUUAUCUGUGAAACAGCCAGUACUACCUAGUUGAUAAAAGUCUAAUAUUUGUUUAACAAGGCGAGUCAUCUGGUUGUAUUUAGCAUAUCUCAGUACAAUGACUAUAUAGUCAUGCGAUACAUAUUUCCCAGAUAGUCCAAUAGAAAAAACUUAAAGCCCGGCGGUUGGAAGAAUUUGUUCCUGCCGUCUGUCAGUUGGUCAUGACAGAUGAAAUAAAUGUCGACGUAAGUUCGUUAAAGAGAAGUAAGGAUUUA